GAACGUAUUUGAAAAAGUAGAUCGCUAAAUGAAAGCUACCGUUACUUUAGCUUGGCCUAUGUUUUGCCGUUUAGCUAACUAAUUACGUGCAAGGCUAAACCUGGCUAGCAUUACCUCCAGCUCUACCUUGCUGUUAUAAAUUACGGGCUCCGAUUUCUAUUCCAAAUCUGUUAAGUUACACCAAUGACUCAGUAACUUUACGCGGGGCUUAAAGACGGUCCUAUGUUUUGUUCCUGAUGUCACCGUUUCCGACACAGACUGACGUGUGUCUGAUGAUGCGGACUAAAUUUAAAAUGAGAUCUUACUACCUUCUGUGGUGCCGAUUCGCCUGAAUACGACCUCUGUGCAUUUGAUAAUGCUAAAGUUCAAAAUAAGCUCAUGCCUCGGCCUUGCCAGAACUCAAUCUCUCUCAAUUUACAACAGGACUCCUGAGUCAGAGCGCCAUUCAUUAUAACUGAAAAAUACCCAGCAGCCUUAGCAGCUAUCUUGAUGACCCCACGGUGUCACAUUUCUAAAAUCUUUGGCUUCUCCUUUUGCAGUCACGGCGAGCAAUCAGAAGACAAAAUGCCAGAAGUCAAGUCGGUAUUCCGAGAAGUUCUGCCUAAACAAGGGCAGCUAUCCAUGGAAGAUGUCCCAACCAUGAUUCUGUGUAAGCCAAAGCUGCUCCCACUCAAAUCGGUCACCCUGGAGAAGCUGGAGAAGAUGCAGAUGGAGGCUCAAGAGGCUGUCAAACAGCAGGAACUGGCUGGGAGGGAGCAGCUGCAGUAGGCGCCCAAUGAAGGCUUCAUGGAAGAUUCGUUGCAGCAGGACAAGUCAAACUGGCUAAAAAUUCCUUCCGAUGGGGUGGCACAAACCCAGUGACUUCAAGAAGCAGAAAGGCAAAAGAAGUGGCGUGGUUGUGGGCACAUGAGCUAAAACAGUCGACUCAUAAGUCUUGCUGUUAACUAGUCAUUGAUGAUUGAUGUACGCUUGUCAGUAGUAUGGAUUAGAUCUCUUGCCUGCCAAUGUUUCCUGUAUGGUCGGCCACUAAGACUUUGAAUUUUUUUAUUUGUGUCAUUGCACUUGUAAUUUGGCUGUAAUGCGUACAGGAAAAUGGCUGUCAACAUCUUGCAAGCUGUCAACAUCUUGCAAGUAAAUGAAGGCAAAUUAAUGUGUCAGGUGACAGACUUAAGUUGGAUGGAGUGACAUGUAGUCAGCACUGAAUUUUAAUAUUGUGACAUUGAGAAAAACAGUCUUGGAUUAUUUUAUAGUGAUUUAAUGAACAAACAAGGAGCAAUACGUGGUACAUUGAAACACCAGUAUCCCCCCAGAUAUAAAAAUAAACACUCUAAACACCA